CCUUAUUCAUAAUAAAAUAACUAGUUGUUCCAUAAUGGCCAUAUUUACAAAUCCUAGCAAAUACAUUUGCUUAGCUUUUCUCUUCCUAGUUUUUGGACUUUGGAGCUCUCAAUUAGUUUCAUCACGUCCAAUCAACUAUGAGACAACCAUGCGAGUUAGGCAUGAGCAAUGGAUUGCCCAUCAUGACAAAAUUUACAACGAUUUGAAAGAGAAAGAAAUGCGUUUUAAGAUAUUCAAAGAAAACGUGAAACGUAUAGAAACUUUUAAUGCAGGAGAAGAUAAAGGGUACAAACUUGGCGUUAAUAAAUUUGCUGAUCUCACGAAUGAAGAGUUUCGUGUGGUGCAUACAGGUUACAAGAGUUCAUUUAUGUCCUCCUCAAAGCCAAAAACACAUUUUAGGUACGCUAAUAUAACAGACGUACCGCCAACUAUGGAUUGGAGAAAGAAAGGAGCUGUUACCCCUAUCAAGGACCAAAUGGAAUGUGGGUCCUGUUGGGCAUUUUCUGCAGUAGCAGCUAUGGAAGGCGUACACCAAGUAACAACAGGAAAAUUAAUCCCUUUAUCAGAGCAAGAGCUUGUAGAUUGUGAUGUCGAAGGCGAGGACGUAGGUUGCACCGGAGGACUCUUGGAUACUGCCUUUCAAUUCAUCAUAAAAAAUAAGGGCCUCACUACAGAAGCAAAUUAUCCAUACGAGGCAGCAGAUGGUGUCUGCAACAAGAAAAAAUCAGCUGUUUCAGUAGCAAAGAUUACAGGAUAUGAAGAUGUGCCGGCCAACAACGAGAAGGCCCUUUUGCAAGCUGUGGCUAAUCAACCCGUGUCGGUGGCCAUCGAUGGGAGUAGCUUCGAUUUCCAGUUUUAUUCAAGUGGUGUAUUUAGUGGAUCAUGCAGCACUUGGCUUAACCAUGCUGUUACAGCAGUGGGAUAUGGUGCUGCAAGUGAUGGUGCAAAAUAUUGGAUUAUAAAGAAUUCAUGGGGCAGUAAAUGGGGUGAAAAUGGAUAUGCACACAUGAAAAGGGAUAUUGAUGAUAAAAAAGGCCUUUGUGGACUUGCCAUGAAGGCUUCUUAUCCCACUGCCUAAAGGAAAUUAAAUAUCCUUAGCUUUUUAAAUAUUUUUCAACCAUAAACAUAUGUGAAUACUUUUUUUUGAAAAAACUAAGGUUUGUGCUGGGGAAGGGGAAAAGGGGGAGGGAUUAUUAGGUGGUGAAUUGAAUUCUCAAUAACAAGUACAAAUUCGCGUAGCCAAUCAACUGAGCUACUCAGAUUUUCCAAAAAACAUAUGUGAAUACGUCGUGGGUUUGAAGUAGACUUUUAUUGAACUGUCCAUAGUUACGUUAUUAUAGCACUAAAAAGGUGCCACCUUCUAUUUAAUUGUAUUGUAUGUGCAUCAUGUGAA